UGUUAUCAGUAUUAGUCUCUACGGGCACUACGGACAGUGUCAUCAGAGGCACAUACAUGACAUGAUCUGAGACUUGAGCCACAUCAAUUUCCAUUCUUCCCCAGGCCAAUGGUAUUUUCAGCUCUCCUAGUUUGCAAUUCAUUAGAAGGGACAUUUACUUAAUAUUCGUUCACUUAUAAUUUGCUCACUCACUCAUUCGCGCACACAUACACUGAGGACUGACUCAAUAUUAUUGUCAACGUCAAGUAGGUAGCAGCUCGUCUUUCCAAAAUGACCACGCCCACCAAUUUUUUCCGAUUUUUGUUCCCCCAUUUAUUGAUAUGGGCCUCUGCCUUUCAGCUGUAUGUUGCAGAUGCGAGACAGAGUUUAGGAUCAGCGCCCGCUGCUGGUCCUGCGGAAGCAAGAACUGCAGCUCUGAAGGAGACGAUCGCAUACGCGCUCGUGGACCUAGAAAUCGCUGCUGAUCCUGCUUUGAGAUCAUCGGCGCUGGAUAACUUUGCGACACGAGAAGAGCGAUAUAUAUUUGGCAUGAGUUCACUGAAUAUGCGGGUCGAUAAUCUUACACCAGAAGCGACGAGCGCUAAAAUUGAACAAUUCAGAAAGCGUCGCGCCGAGGAAGAGUAUGAUUGGAAAGAGUUUACACUGCAACAGAUGACACGCAAGUUUUGGACAGGGCUUUUACAAAGCAUCGAAGAGUCUCCCUACCCCUUCCCCGAAGCGCUAAAGGCGUUACAUGCAUUGAAAGAAUAUGCUACUACUUGCUCCGAGGCAGAGUUUACGGAGCUAGAAUUACAAAGCGUACAGAACUUGGAAGACGCUCGAAAGAAGCGCGGUUCGGAGCUGGAUCAACUGCUGGAGAGUGGUCGAAUGACAGGGACAAGGACAAGAACCACACGUGGCCACGGCUGACGCGCUAUCCUCGGCUUCUUCCGCUUCUACUCCUACCGCGGGGGCUGCAUCUUUGGGCCCUGGAUUUUCGAAUUUGAGCUGCG